GUGACGCCACUACUCCCUGUAGCCAUAUUGUUAUUACUUUCAAGGCAACGAGUGAGCCGCUACCCGCGGACAGCAAGGUAGAGGGCGACUGACAAGUGUGGAAUUUCAUUAAACGAAGCUACAAGUUACUUGUAAAUUGCUGGUCGAAGUUAAAGUCGGAACAUGAAAUCUCCAAGGUGUUGAAAGCGUUCCACCAGGAUACUGUCCCGUGUUCAUGUCAAUGUUUUCCACAGUUGUCAAGUUGGCUGGAUGUCCUUUUGGUGGUGAACCAUUCUUGAUACACACGGGAAACUAUUGAAAAACCCAGCAGUGUUGCAGUUCUUGACACAAACCGGCGAGGCUAAGAUGGUGGACCGGCUGGCGAACAGCGAGGCCAACUCCAAGCGGAUCCAGGUAGUCGAGGGCUGCUUUGGCGCGGCGGGCCAGCCACUGGUCAUACCGGGCCGCGUACUCAUCGGUGAAGGUGUGCUCACCAAGCUGUGUCGCAAGAAGCCCAAGGCGCGCCAGUUCUUCCUGUUCAACGACAUCCUGGUGUACGGCAACAUUGUCAUCCAGAAGAAGAAGUACAACAAGCAGCACAUCAUCCCGCUGGAGAGCGUCACCAUCGACACGGUGGCUGAUGAGGGCGACCUGCGGAACGGCUGGCUCAUCAAGACACCCACCAAGUCCUUCGCUGUCUACGCCGCCACCGCUACUGAGAAGUCAGAGUGGAUGAGCCACAUCGGCAAGUGCGUGGGCGACCUGUUGGAGAAGAGCGGCAAGGCACCGACUGGCGAGCACGCCGCCGUCUGGAUACCAGACUCAGAGGCCACCCUUUGCAUGCGCUGCCAGAAGAUCAAGUUCACGCCCCUCAGCCGCCGCCACCACUGCCGCAAGUGCGGAUAUGUGGUUUGUGGCCCGUGCUCUGACAAGAAGUUCCUGCUGCCCAGCCAGUCAUCCAAACCGGUGCGUGUGUGUGAGUUCUGUUACCUGCAGCUGGCCUCCGCAGGAGGGGGGAUGGGCUUAGGCCCACGCUCGGACUCCUACAGCCGGUCAGGGUCAAAGUUCAACAACGUGUCGGACGACGAAGAUGAGGAGGACAGCAGUGACUGAGGAAGGCCUUCCUGACAGCCUUCCAUCUUUCCCCUUUUAGUAAUCAAUUAGCAAUAUUCCACUAAUAAUUACUUCUUUUUUUAUUUUUAUCCCUCCACAGCUUAAAAAUAGCGUAGGAAGAUUAAUUAAUUGGACAACAGUGUUUUGAAGAAACAUUCUCUUUUUUCUUGCUGAAAUAAAUGUUUUUUAACGAUAAUAUAGUGAAAUGCUUGAUCGGAAUUGUAGUAAGUUUGGUUAAAAAUAUCCCUCACACUAUUAGUAGUAUGGCUGCUUCCUGUAUGGCAUGCUCCAUAGUCCAUCCUCUUUGUUCUCCAUUGAACAGUGGACCUCACUACAGGAGCGAAUGAUGCUAGGAGUAAUGUAGCACCUCUCAUUGUCUCUCUGCUAAUGUCAUCCUCGCUUCUAUUACAUUCUUGAUUUCAUUUCCCCUUAUAUAUAUUUUUUUUACCAAUGAACCUUAAGAGGUGUGUUUACAUGCCUCAAUGCUGAUAUUUCUGCGGGGAGAAGUGAUUAGCAUUCAGUCACACUUUACAUAGUCUUACCUACCCCUUUAAAUAUUUCAGGUAAAAUACCUGUAGGUGCUUUUUUUUCUCGGUUUUUAAACUGCUUCAGUAUUUUCUAACAUAAAUAACCCCUCCUUAACUAACCUCUCAAAUGAUUACAGUAUCAAAGCCAGAAACGUGAACAGUCUGAUAUGUUGUCUGUUGAUUUGUCUUUUGUAGUUAGUUGCUUAUGACAAAUCGGCUAAAGCUUUAUAAUUGUAUGUUGAAGCUCCUCUUGGUGUGUGUCUUAGCAUAGAGUGGUGUCCAACUUUCAGUUUUGAAGUUGAAGACUUUUUCUCCACAGCUUAACUUGUAAUAGCAUGUAUUUGAAAUGCACAUAGUCAAUCAUCCCAAAAAUGUACCUCACACAGACCUUAAUUUUCACACAGUGCCUUUUGAGAAAGUGAGUUGUCUGGGCAGGACUGUUUUAAUGAGAUAUUGCAUCAGACCCUAGUACUGUAACUUCUGUUUUGAGGCUGUGUUCUGUCGGUAUAACCCUAAGUUGAAUAAUGGCUGUAGGGAGAAGUUUGUGUGAUCAUUGUGUGUGUGUAGAUGCACUAGAAAGCUUUACUUCUGAUAUUUUUUACUAAAUCAGAGAAGAGAACAUGCACCUAAAAAUACAGUCAUGCUUUGUAAGGUACUGUCCAGUGUUGGAGAUGGGUUUUGGUUCAUCUAGAGUAUUUGGCAAGUUUCUGGCUGGAGUUUCCACUGAGUGCCUCUAGAGUGCUGUGAGAGCAGAAACUUGACCUGUGAUGAUCAGGAAAUCAGCCCAUUGUCUUACUGUGGUCUCCUCAGUAUGUGACUGCUUCCUAACCUGCCCUCAAAGUUCCAGGGUAUCCUGACCUGUCAGAAAAUAAAGCUGAACUGAACUUGCCUGACCACAGAGAACGGGAUAUCAUUGCAUAACGUACAGGAAGUGUCUACCAUCGACUUCUCUCAGAGGAACCGAGAUCAUCCCUGCCCCCUCCUGUCCCUCUUCCAACUGAGCUUCCCUAUAAGGUAUGGCCAGUCUGUGUCAGCUGACGCUGACAUGUGAAAGGCUUGUUGGAGGACCAACAAUGACCUACUCGCAACCACCAUCACUUUUCACGCUGUGAAGCGAACGUGAAAUGUGCUAACCAUUUCAGGUUUUACACUCUGGGCCAGACAGAUCUAAUUCACUUUGUUUAGGUAUAGAUUAUCUUCCUGUGUUUCCAUGGGAAUCCUUUCAAAGCAACUUGUUUUUACACUUAAGCAGUCAGGCUCACAGGUGGCAUAGACUUGGAAAUAAUUUGCAGUCUUUCAGAGUAAAAUGGAACGUUUAUCCUGAAGUGUGUGUGUGUGUAUGUUUCAGAGUGACAACUGGUAAAAGGGAUCAUUUCUUUCCUUUUUAUUUUUUAGCUUCUCUAAGAAGUAACUGUAGAACCCUAUAAAAGUCCAUCUCUUUGGCAAGCAAUAAGACGUCAUACAGUACUUCAAUGUAAAUCUCCUACACCGUUGUCUCUGAUUAUCAGGUUGUAUUGUUGAAGAAGCAGAUGCUCAAAAUACUACAUCACUCACUCUAUUGAAUGUUUAUCAUUAUACCCACUUAAGCAAGUUUUGCUGUUGAUCCUACUUAUAGAUAUUGGGCACAUCUAUAUUAACGCAAAUCCUACCAUAAUCUGUAGUUUCCUUAAUCAACACAUUUGUAUUUCUUCUUUCACCUUUAAUCCUGUUGAUUUUGUAUAUUUGUAUAGCAUUUGGGAUUUGUUUUGUACAGUAUACUAUGCAGUUAUACAAAUGCCGCUGUUUCAGGUCUCUUGUGCUCGUCUCGUCUUCAUGUAUGGACCGGAUUAAACACCAGCACUUUACUCUCUUUCUCUGGAGAGAGGUCGUAAACAAGAGCUACAUGUAUGAUAUCACCUCAGGAGAGUGAGCUAGGGGGACCGACACAACCUGAGAUUUAACAUUGUACACCCAUUAAGCAAAAAUUAUGUCUGAACACAGAACUGAGGGAACAAUGUGAGAUUUCUGAAAGAGAGCAUACCAUACUGUUUUGAGUUUGUUUUCUUUGCCUGAUUAUCUGGUGUGGUUUGUUAACCACUCAAGUCUCAUGGAAUUUAAGUUCUCUCGAUUGCUAUCGGGUGACGUUUUUGUUUUGUCUCAGAUUUUGAUUUUGAUUUUCAUUUAAAUUCUUGUUUAAAACGUCUUUAAUAAAGGGCUUAAACCUGAA